AUGAGUAUAGACACGCUGCAGGCGAAAAUCAACCAGCACCGCGAAUUGACGGAGCGCAACGCGACCGUUGAGGCCGAUAUGCUGCGUGAGACCAAGCGAUUCACGGAUGCGGCACUCAACGAGAGUGUCACGCGCACCCUAAUCUCCGAGUUUUCAGCGCUGGCCGGCAACCAGCAGGAUCGGCCUCCGAACCGGCCCGAUAAAGUGGACGACAUAGACGAUGCGUGUAAUGAGAUGCGUCGUAUGUACAUGUACCGCAGCGAGCAAGUCUAUCUGAACAUUACCAACCAACUGCGCGACCAGGAGUCGCCACCGCUGCGGGCCAUGAGCACACAAAUCAAGGAGUUCGAGCGCGAGCACCGUGAAAACGAAAAGCGCAUCGACAAGCUGUUCCGGGAGAUCAAGACCGAUCGCGAGCGGUUUGAUCUGACGUACCGCCGGUUCGUCGAGCGUAUAGACGUGGACGAUGAAAACUAA